AUGUGUAUUGUUUGAAGGUUUUAAGGCAGAUGGACCACAGACAGUGUUGAAAAUUGAAUAUAAAGUCUGGAAUUCAGUCGAUGGUGGUUUGACUGGACAUUUGAGGGACUUCUCACUCUCGGUUUUCACUUCCCCAGGGUUUUUUUUGGAAAAAGUGACCAUGAAUCCGCUUUGGAAAGUGUAUAAAAGCAAGGUGAUGAAGACCCUCAACCCUGACACAGAGGAAGAGCCUGCUGAAGAGGUGUGUGAGACAGAAGAGGAAAUGACUCCUGUCGAACAGGAUGAAGGACCCAGUGCUGUGUCACAGCUGGCGAAAAGAGUACAGGGUGUGGGGACGAAGAGCUGGAAGAGUGUGUCAGCUCUAUUUAAUAAAGACGACGAGCACCAGCUCCUGGAGUCUGAGACUGAGAGUCAGCCUGUACCGGACCACCCACUGGCGAUAAAGCCAGAAGAGCCGACACGACCCAACAAACGCAACACAGGGUUCUGGGACACCUUCGCCACCAAGUGGAACCAGUCAGCAGCUAUGAGACAGGCCGAAGCAGCGGAGGCGGCCGAUGAGGGCAGAUCCGAUGCGAGGAGUCAAGAAGAAGGAAAUCAGGGAGGAGCAGAGAACACAGUGGGUGAUGGAGAUGAAGAUGGAGGUGGAGGUGGCCAGGGCAACAGCUUCUCCAGAUAUGCCUCUCUGGGUGGGUCAAAUGAUGAUACACCUGCCUCUAAAUGGAACUUUAUGACCAGCAAGCUGGCCGAGCUGAAAAGCAAAAGUAUGGCCAAGAGCAACUAGCCAACGAUAUAAGAAGACGCCAGACACAGAAAAAAAAAAAAAAACGGGUGGGAUUUUGUCUGUAUCUGGAUUGGUUGUUCUUUCUGAAUGAACCUCUCUUCUUCUUGGCUUCCAGUUUUACUUGAUGUACUGCUUCAUGACACACACUUCAGGGAAUUAUGCACAACAUACAAUAUUGAAGCUACAAUCACAAAACAAACAUGAUGUGCAAUCACAAUAUUCUCCUGAUGGCAAUUUUGCUCCAUAGUAUAAGAAACAUCCCUGUUAUUUUUUUUUGCACUAUAAUAUACUCAGUCUGGUCUAGUUUUCCUUUAAACCGUCUCCCAGACAUCAAUAUCGUAACUGUAAAUCCUUAAAUCAUCAU